AUGGUGACAGAAUUGGCACUGGCCCCAAAGCCCGGCUCUUAUCUUCCGACGCCAGAUCACCGACCAACCCUUGCGGAUGACCCUUCUUUUCUUCUUGAAGCAGAACGUAGUGUAGAGGAGCAGAGCAGAAGGCGGUCUCAGCAGCUAGACGGAAGCUGGCUGGCUGGCUGGUGCAUUGUCGUCGUCGUUAUCGCUGUCGUCAAUGUCGUCGUUGUCGCGGUGCGGACCCGUGACGACCGAAGUUGA